CCCUAAAGAAGGCCCUCAAGGCUGAAAGAAUACUAACAGAACACCAGCACAAUCACUUAGAGCCAUGUGUGGCGGCAAGGCAAGAUUUGCGCGCUUGCGAAAAGACGCAGAAAGAGCUGCAGCAGCGGCGGCAGCAGCUGCAGCAGCAGCAGCAGCUGCUGCAGCAGGAGUAUCAGCAGCAGCAGCAGCUGCUGCUGCGGGAAGAGGAGCAGUGCAGCAUCUUAUCAAGGGAACUCAGGGAGAGGGUGCAGCAAGCCAAAGAGGAGGCCGAAUCAUUCUGGAGCUCGCUGCCGGCGCAGCAGGAGUUCAUUCGGCUGCUGCAGCAGCAGCAGCAGCAGCUGCAGCUGUCCAUACACCGGAAGCGCGAGCGCCACGCUGCGCUGCUGCUGGCAGUCGAAGAAGCGCAGCAGCAAAUUGAAGCUUCUUUUUGUUCUUAUCUUUCUCAAAUGGAGAAGUGCAGGCGCGCCCUGCCACCCCCUGCCACCUUGAGCGAAAGCCUCGCAAACAUCGAGAACGAGCCCCCAACUUUGCUGCUGCAGCUGCAGCAGCAGCAGCAGCAGGAGCAGCAGAAGCAGCAGCAGGAGGAGGCUGAGGAAGAGUUCCUCUCUGCGCAUGAAACAGAGUCCAACUUCCCACCCCACAAACCCUGGCUCGUGGGGGCCCCCAAUUAG